CUUAUGUUGAGAUUCAGAUGAAACAACACUGCCCUCUAGCGGUGAAACUACAGACGAGCACUUCCCAUGAUGCAGAGAAACGCGGUAAAACGAUAUUCCGGGUUGUAGAAGAAGCUUGGUAGCAUGGCAUCAGAUAGUAACGUGGCUAAAGUUAACGGACGAGGGACCAGCUCCUUGAAUGGAGAGCCUGUCGUUAAGCGACCGCGGGAGAGCGUUUCACAGGCGUCGUCGCUCCGAAUCCCGAAAGAGCCUCAGAACAAAGUGACCGUUGUGCUCGGAGCGCAGUGGGGCGACGAGGGCAAAGGAAAAGUUGUGGACUUGCUCGCAAUGGAUGCCGAUAUUGUAUGCAGGUGUCAGGGAGGCAACAAUGCAGGCCACACAGUGGUGGUGGACUCAGUGGAGUAUGACUUCCACUUACUGCCCAGUGGAGUGCUCAACAAGAAGGCAGUCUCCUUCAUUGGCAAUGGAGUAGUGAUCCAUCUCCCAGGUCUGUUUGAGGAGGCUGAAAAGAACCUGCAGAAAGGCAAAGGAUUACAAGGAUGGGAGGAGAGGUUAAGGAUCUCUGAUCGAGCCCACAUUGUGUUCAACUUCCAUCAAGCUGUUGAUGGAAUCCAGGAGCAGCAGCGGCAGAAACAAGAAGGGAAAAAUUUGGGAACCACUAAAAAGGGCAUUGGCCCUGCCUACUCCUCCAAAGCUGCUCGCAAUGGUCUGCGAAUCUGUGACCUCAUCUCAGACUUCAAGGUUUUCGAAGACAAGUUCCGUAUGUUGGCAGAACAUUUCCUGACCAUGUAUCCUAACCUGAACAUUGACAUCGACAGUGAACUGCAGCAGCUGAAGGGAUAUGCUGAGAGGCUGCGUCCUCUGGUGACUGACGGUGUGUACUUCAUGAACAAAGCUCUUACUGGACCCAGUAAGAAAAUCCUGGUGGAGGGAGCCAAUGCUGCUCUCCUGGACAUUGACUUUGGGACAUAUCCUUUUGUGACGUCUUCUAACUGCACUGUGGGAGGAGUGUGCACUGGCCUUGGCGUGCCACCGUCAUAUGUUGGCCGAGUGUAUGGCGUUGUCAAAGCAUACACCACCAGGGUCGGCGUUGGCGCUUUCCCAACAGAGCAGGAUAAUGAGAUCGGGGCACUGUUACAGUCCAGAGGGAGAGAGUUCGGUGUGACGACGGGUAGAAAGAGGCGCUGUGGUUGGCUGGACCUGAUUCUGGUUAGAUACGCCCACAUGGUCAAUGGCUUCUCUGCGAUUGCACUGACAAAGUUGGACAUUUUAGACACGUUGCCUGAGAUUAAAGUGGGUGUGGCCUACAAGGUCGAUGGACAAUGUCUACCAAGUUUUCCUGCAAACAUGGAUGUUUUGACGGAAGUGUCAGUGGAGUAUGAGACGUUCCCAGGGUGGUGCUGCAGCACCGAGGCGGCUCGGAGCUUUGAGGAGCUGCCACCACAGGCACAAAAUUAUAUUCGGUUCACUGAGGACUUCCUGCAAGUGCCAGUGAAGUGGGUUGGAGUUGGCAAGUCCAGAGAGAGCAUCAUCAAAUUGUUUUGAUCCCUUUGCAUUUUCCACAUCUUGUCGUCGUCCUCAGCGACUACUCAGACAGUGACUGCAGGUUCUCAUAGGUUAGCAGAAGAGGUGGCUCGAUCCUAAAGGACAUUUCACCAGUGAGGCAAUUUGGUAAACUUUUAGUUGCAGCUUGUGCACCACAUAUACAACUAAUCCUCCUGCAUAUAAUUUCAGCAUAUAUUGCUUUCUAUAUUUAUUGGUGUUAAUUUUUAUAAACCUGGUGUAAAUGGGUCGAUCAGUCUUUGUUCCAUUCCACAGUACAACACGCAACUUAAUUUAACAUUUUAGGUGAACUAGCUUUGACAUUUGUUCCCCAUGUUAGUUUUCUUCCUUCCUUUCGAAGAACAGCCAAUGAAGAGAUGUAGUAUCCUUCAUAUUAAAGAGCGUCAUAAUAAAGCAAGAGAUUAUUUUCAGUCUUUGUAAAGAAAUUUUAAAAAAAUGAUUUAAAGCCACUGCCAUCAGUAUGAUUGUGAAAUUUUCCAUUGGAUCGUUUUCAACUACUGUAAGAAAAACAUGCAGCCCAAUUUUGGUUUGUAACAGUAUUUUCAUAAUGGUUGUUGGAAUGAACAUAGUGCUUUUUAAAUAGGAAAAAUAAGUAGAAAUUCUGUGUGUAGAUGGAAAGAAAAGGUGGGCGGUAAUGUACAUCGCAUUAGGUUCUAUGCCAUUUCUUUCAUUUUCCCAGUAAUGUAAAAGACUUAUUUGGCUGGCUAUUAUCCAUUAAAGGAAACCAUAACAUUAA